GUCUCUAAAGUGGUUCUGGUGGUUUCUGUGGUUCUGACUCUGAGCACCGUGGCUGCUGUUCACCUCAACCAGUCCUGGGACAGACAGGUGAGCCCGGCGAGCUGGACCGAGCCGGGCUAACGGAUAACGGAGCUAACGGUUAGCUGCGGAGGUCACUGGAAGCUACCGGAGCUCUUUAUCUAGCAGCGGCCGGCGUUUAACCGUCAGCAGAGAAACUAACCGCUAAACUGAAGCUACCGCGGGAAACCCUGACAGAUAAGUCACAACACCCGGUACCGUCUUUCAAAACAAGGAGCGGCUCCACGAAGGCGUCCUCAAGGAUCUGGAGCGUCUGCAAAGGAAGAAGGAGAACCUGCGCCUCCUGGAGGAGCAGAGGGCUCUGACCUCACAGCUGGAGGAGGAGCGGCAGUGCAGGCAGGCGGAGCUCCGCCCACAGGAGCACUGAGACAGGUGAGCAGUGAUGGACAGCAGCAGCGAGCAGCUGGGUGGAGCGGAGGACGAGGCGGCCUCCGAGGGCCUGGAGGAGGGCGAGGUGGAGGGGGAGACUCUGCUCAUCGUGGAGUCUGAGGACCAGGGCUCCGUGGAUCUGUCACAUGACCAGAGCGGAGACUCUCUGACCAGCGAUGUGGGCGAGGAGGCCGACGGAGGCUGGGCCUGUGAGGACGCGCCCUUCUACUGCGACCGCUGCCACAAGUGGGUCCCUGCAGCUCAGCUCCGUGGGGAGCAGCCCAGCUACCUGAAGGGAGACAACUUCUUCAAAUUCAUCUGCUGCUCUGAAGACGGGAAGGAGAGCUUUGAGAGGAUGAGACUCACCUGGCAGCAGGUGGUGAUGCUAGCCAUGUACAACCUGUCUCUGGAGGGAACCGGCCGCCAGGGCUACUUCAGGUGGAAGGAGGACAUCUGUGCUUUCAUUGGUCGACACUGGACCUUCCUGCUGGGCGCGAGGAAGAAGACCUCCACCUGGUGGAGCACGGUGGCCGGCUGCCUGUCGGUCGGCAGUCCCACCUUCUUCCGGUCCGGGGCUCAGGAGUUUGGGGAGCCGGGCUGGUGGAAACUGGUCCAGAACAGACCCCCCACCCUGCGGCCGGAGGCGGACAAGUCCUCCACCAAGACCAAAGCCUCCAGGCCGGCCGUGGAGCCGGCGCCGGCCGUGGAGGGCCUGAGGAAGCGUGGGAGCAGGAACGCCGUGGAGAACGCCAUCCAGCUGAAGGAGAAGCGCUGCCGGACUCACGAGGCCAAAGACAUCCGGCGUGCACAGAAGGAGGCGGCGGGCCACGCCGACCGCGGCGCCGCCUCCACGCUGGCAAAGCCGAGCGCGGGCCGCGGGGCGGCGGCCGGGCGCCGGCCGGACCCGGUGCUGGAGAAGGGCGAGGUCGUCGACUUCUCCUCCCUCAGCUCGUCGGACCGCACGCCGCUCACCAGCCCGUCGCCGUCGCCGCCGCCGGAUUUCCGGCGGGCGGCGCGCAGAACCUCCCGCCGCGGCACGGCAGCACAUCAAGCGCGGUUAAGCCGACAGCGAGGGACGGGCGACCUGACGGGCGGCGGAGGAGCGGCGGGCGCGGAGGGGCGCCCGCUGGGGGCCGGCGCGGAGGAUACCUCACCCGAGAAAGCGGACGGCGGCAGACGGGCGCGGCCUCGGCCGCCUGUACGAGGAGCGUGCUGCCGCCUGCGCCGCCUGCCGCGCCCUGGGCGUGGCGCCGCAGGCCAGGCGGCUGCACAGGAAGCUGCUGCUGCCCGCCGCCAAGCGGCAGCGAGCUUGCUGGGCUGGACGCGCGUCAGCGCCACCUCGGCCUGGGGCUCUACGGCGCCCAGGGCGUCGGGCGCUGGUCCCGGCGCCGCCGUGAGAAAGUACCACCGCCAGGAGCUCCGGAUCCUGGAUCGGUUCCAGACCAACCAGUCCAGCAGACGAGGCGCCGAGCAGCGGUCCGUGUCCUUCUGGCGCCGGCUGAUGGGAGCAGAGACCGGAUCGGACCAGACCAUCAAGAGCCCCUACACCUCCCGGAGCCUGAAGCCCUUCAUCAGGAGGGACUACGAGAGUCGUCCGGUGAAGCUGAGGCUGCUGGAUGAGAUCCGGGCGUACCCCCACAGGAAGGAGUCCUCCUGGACCCCCGAGCCCAGCGCCCCCCUGGACUACUGCUACGUGCGGCCCAGCCACAUCCCCUCGGUCAACGCCAUGUGCCACGACACCUUCUGGCCAGGUGUGGACCUGUCGGAGUGCCUCCAGUACCCGGACUUCAGCGUGGUGGUCCUCUACAAGAAGGUGGUGGUGGGCUUCGGCUUCAUGGUCCCCGACGUGAAGUACAACGAGGCCUACAUCUCCUUCCUGCUGGUCCACCCCGAGUGGAGGAGGGCCGGCAUCGGGACCUUCAUGAUCUACCACCUGAUCCAGACCUGCAUGGGGAAGGACGUGACCCUCCACGUGUCGGCCAGCAACGCCGCCAUGCUGCUGUACCAGAAGUUUGGCUUCAAGUCGGAGGAGUACAUCCUGGACUUCUACGAUAAGUACUACCCGGUGGACAGCGCGGAUUGCCGCCACGCCUUCUUCCUCCGCCUGCGGCGCUGAGGCCCACUGCCUGGCUCCAAGGCUCCCGGGCAAAGUCUGGCUUCAUGAAGACUUUGAUUCAAAAUAAAACCUGAAGGAACCACAUGAACCAUUUAAAUAAACCGUUUGUUUUAAAAUA